AUGAGUAGAAUUAACCAGCCGAAGAACCAAAUUCGUUUGACGAAUGUAUCGAUAGUUCGUUUGCGUGAUGGGCCAAACACGUUUGAGUUGGCAUGCUACCCGAACAAGGUGAAGGACUGGCGUCAGGGGAAGGAGACAGACCUGAGUGAGGUGUUGCAGAGUGACAAGAUAUUUAGUUGCGUGGGUAAAGGUCAGUUUGCGCGUGAUGCGGAGUUGAUAGGAAGUUUUGGGACAAGUGAUUUUUACGCUUGUGUUAAGCAGAUUUUGGCACAAGGUACGAUUCAAUUGAGUACCCGUGAGCGUAUGGUUCAGCAGCAGCAGUUCCAGAAGGAGGUGUACGUAUUAACUGCGCCUCGUCUGUUGCCUUUGAAGGCGACUUUGGCCCU